AUGAUUACUAAGCCUCCAGCCAUGCUGAGGAGCAGGGUGAGCCAGCAGAUCCAAUCAAACCUUCCAGUACUUCUGUCAUGGGACAGUAUACGGGGCUUAUUUACAGGGGUCCCACGACUCUCUAUAGCCCCUUUACUCCAAGAAGCCGACUCUGAAGUCCCUUCUUCCAAUGAGAUUCUCCCAUUUGAGUCAAUACCCAGCACAGGAAGGAAUGCAUGGGUCAACUUGAUGCUGGCUUGGAGAAACAACAGCUUUCAACAUAUGCAUCUUAUUAUGGAGAAAAACUUCCAGAAGCUGGGACCCAUUUACAGGGAGAAUCUGGGAACCCACAGCAGCGUCAACAUACUGAACCCUCCAGAUGUUGCCCGUCUCUACCAGUCAGAGGGCGUCUUUCCACGCAGGAUGGGAAUGGAGGCCUGGGCUACACACCGAGAUAUGCGUAACCACAAGUGCGGUGUUUUCCUUCUUAAUGGAGAGCCCUGGCGCUCAGACCGACUUAUCCUAAACAAAGAGGUUCUUAGCUUGGCGGGAGUGCGCAAGUUUCUCCCAUUUGUGGAUGAAGUAGCCACAGAUUUUGUGUCCUUUUUAAGGAGAAGGGCUGACAAGAAUACACGAAGGACGCUGACAGUGGACCUCUAUGCUGACCUUUUUAGGUUUACACUAGAAGCUGCCAGUUAUGUGCUAUAUGGACAGCGACUUGGUGUUCUUGAAGAAUACCCCAAUGCGGAGUCCCUGAGAUUCAUUACAGCUGUAGAAACCAUGAUAAAAACAACCCUUCCCCUGCUGUACUUGCCGCACCAGAUCUUGCGCAUGUCAGACAGCCGCCUCUGGACUGACCAUAUGGAGGCAUGGGACAUUAUUUUUCAACAGGCUGAUAAGUGCAUCCAGAACAUUUACCAAGAGUUCUGCCUGGGGCAGCAACGCGGGUACUCGGGUAUUAUGGCCGAGCUGUUACUGAAGGGUGAGCUGCCUCUGGAUUCCAUUAAGGCCAAUAUCACAGAACUGAUGGCUGGAGGUGUAGACACGAUCAUUUAUUUAUAUGGUUCUCUAACACAACUCUUCGCAUUGCAAAUGUGCUCACUGUUAUUUAUUUCUCUUAGAUUAUAUCCUGUGGGAAUCACAGUGCAGAGGUACCCUACAAAAGACAUCAUUUUACACAAUUACCACGUUCCAGCCGGGACCCUAGUGCAAGUAGGCCUGUACCCCAUGGGGCGCAGCUCGCAGCUUUUCACUGAUCCCCUGCGGUAUGAUCCCAGCCGUUGGACGCGCAGGGAGGACACCAGUUUCAGGGCUUUGGCAUUUGGUUUCGGCUCCAGACAAUGCAUUGGACGUAGGCUGGCAGAGUCAGAGAUGAUGCUGUUCCUGAUGCAUAUGCUGCAGAGUUUCCAGAUUGACACUGGGUGUAAAGACGACAUUAAGACUGUGUUUGGCUUCAUUCUUAUGCCAGAGAAGCCCCCUUUGCUCACCUUUCGCCCAAUCUGA